CGCAAUGGUGACACAAUAUUACUAUUGCAUUAUAUUUUACUAUCGAGCUGAUCUGAUGAUGGAGAUAGGAGAUGGCCAUUGGAAUUAUGUGAUGAAAAAACGCAACCUAAUUGUGUUUGAGGUUUUAAGAAUUGUCUCGAUGAGUAUUAGUUGCCUGCGGUAAGAAAAGUACAGUCAGCCAUAAAAGCUUGUACCGAAAAGUCCAAAAAUUUUAUUUUUGCCAAAACUUAUUUCUAAUUUCAGAGGGGUUAACGCAAUUAUAAUUUUUAUAUUGGAUUUUUAUACGUUUUAUUAAAGGGCAAAUGCCAUGAAAAAAAUCACACGGGUAUCGGAUCUCUGACGUGGUGUUCUACCUUUUUUUUUCACUUGCCAACUAAAUUUUCGCAGAUGAUUCACUUUGGCAACCAACAUUCGGCAAACUUGUAUUAUGACAACGUUUUACUUUGUAGAAUUAUUGUUAAGUAGAUGAUUAUUGCGACAUACAACAUUUGAAAUACAUUUCUUUCGCGAAAUCAUUUAUUUGGCUAAAAAAAUUAAAACGAUAACGUCUAGUCAUUCGACAGAGGCAAGAUAGGUGCGACAACAAGCGAAGCGAGGAGGAGCAUGUUAGGUGUUACUUUUAUGCAUCGAACAAUGCAAAAAACGAGAUAGAUUGCAAAAAUAAACUUUGUAUGUUUCGUAUUAGGCUUACAAAGUCAAUCUGCUACCUAAAAUAUUGUAUUUAGAAAAGUGUAUUUUUAUGUUGAUUUCCAAACAAACAGUUGCUAACUGUUAGGUUGGGAAAUAAUUAAUACGAAUUAUUAUGUUCGGUUGCUACUUGAUCAUUCGGCGGAAUAAAUUUACCCGAAAAACUGGAUGGGAAAUGAUAUUCGGAUUUUUUUUUUGGCAAUGAUUGACGUUCACACUAAAGAUCAUAUAUACGCGACUGAGAUACGAUACGGCAAAAUAAUACAAGUGUAGACCCAACUUAGGAUUUUCACUUUACCUACAUAAAACAUUCACCACAUAGUAUGUUUGUGAUUGUUUUCCACACUUACAUUUGCUAAUAACUGGCUUCCACGAAGACAAAAUCUCCUGUCCCUCAUUCUGGUUGAUAUUUCGAUGUUUCCUGAUUUCAAUUGCUUCUUUUACUUUUAUGCUGCGGUGAAGAGAUAGAGAUUCCGUGGUGUGUUUCAAUGGUUAGGCCAAAUAAUAAUAGUAAGUGCACGCGAUUAUGUCCCGUUUCAGUUUAAAUUAUACGGCUCUUUAGAUGUAAAAUACUUUCUAUAUAUUAGAUUGAAUGUCAAUAUAAUAAUUACAUUAUGAAACUUACUUACCUCCAGAUCCAGGAACAAUGACUUUGAAUCUAGUAUCAAGAUCUCGUAUUUCUUGCCUUGAUUAAAGUUUUAUGGCGGAAUUUUAUUCUUCAAUGGUACACUGUUAGUUUAACCAACGUGUCUUAUAUCCUAUUUCCUGGUUAUAUAUUUUUAACAUACACAAUUACACACACGACGUACGAUGUUACUUAUUUUCAUGAACUUUUGAACACAUACAAGUCAUAUAACCUUUGCGGAACUGAUAUGACAUAUGUCAUUUCUUUUUCUUCUUUCGACAGUGUUGGUAGAAGCAGCGUCCUAUUUUUUUGUAAAAAAGGAUAGUUUAGAUUAAUUACUCCGGUAAUAAAUAGAUACCCGAGUUAAAAAUAACUAUGUAUAUUUACUGAAAAAAUGAAAUGUACUGAAAUAAGUAACAGAGACGCAUUUACUGUGAUUUAGUUAGUAUUUUGAUUGAAUUUUAGUACUACGGGAGUUAGUUACUGCAUGGAAAUUAAAUUAUAUCUGGUUUUAUUUCAUUUAAAGUAGUAAAUAUAUCUACACAUAAUAUAAAAAAAUAUACUGUACGUAAAAACCGAAAAGGUUCCAAACGCAGUUCACAUAUUUGGAUAUUAAUAAUCACAAACUGCGUUUUAAUUCGUUUUGUCGCUACAAAUUUCAAAGAAUACAGAUACAAGCGUUUGCAAAUUUUAUUUUACUGCAUUUUAGCCUGCAUUGCCCCAAAAGCCGUAGCAGUAGGCCAUUUUACUGCGUUUAAUUUAAAGCAGUAUUGUGUAGGAAAAUCUAGCUUGUUGUAUUUGGGAAUUUUGAUUUUCAGAAUAGAAAACCGAUUACAUAACAUUAUGUAUACGAGUGUAAUGAUUAUAGAUCACGACAAUACCAAAACUCGUAAAAUUGCCUGUGGUUUAAGGUCUGCAUGGCAGUAAUGAUUAUAUUUUAAAUGAAAAAAAUAUAUCUCCAAUCUUUAAGCAAGUUUGAUAAUCUUGCCUGCACACAUUAAUACCAGAGCUUUUCGAUUAGAAAACAUAGGCACUACUAUUUUCUAUCAUCAGGACAAAUGUGCACGAAUACGUACGACAAUGAUUGUUCAGUGCACCGUGCAUUAAAAUGUGCGGCAUAAGUCACCGGGAUGCCCGCACGGGUCGCUCGAAGUUCAUAGGUAAAGCAGCCGGUAUAUAAACCCUAUGCGGUGUCACCCACCACAUAUUGGUGCUGCCCGUGAGUGCAUCCAGACUUGCAUUACAAUGAUUCCUGUAGUACUCCUGGCGCUGAUGAUGACGAUACUUGCCGCGGUGGCUCAGCAGCCGAAACAGCCGCCGACCGCCGAGCCGAUCCCGAUCAUCCGGUUCGAGGCGGACGGGCCCAACGUCGAUGGGACGUAUAAAUGGGCCUACGAGACGGGCAACGAGAUAACCGCCGAAGAAUCUGGCUACGUGAAGAACUUCGGCAAGGGCGAGCCCGAGGAGGUGCAGGUUGCUGAAGGAAAGUUCAGCUACAAGUCCCCUGAAGGACAGCUCAUAUCUCUCACCUACAUCGCGGACGAGAAUGGUUUCCAGCCACAGGGCGAGCACCUCCCGACCCCGCCGCCGAUACCACCAGCCAUCCAAAAGGCCUUGGAUUUCCUCAAGACCUUACCGCCAACGCCGGCCUCAACUAACCUGCAGCCUCAGUACCAAGCAGCGCCUUUCAGGAGAUUCUAACAAGCAUUCACAUUCCAUCUCAUAGACAAAAACUUAUAUUUAUAAUGUAAAUGUAUAUUCCGCUCAUACAAAAUGAUUGUCUUGUUAGGGCGCUGUUAUGGCUCCUCUACAAGAUGGCCCAGCGCUGGACCAGCGAGAUGGCCAUGCAAUAGUUGAGAGCACGCACUAUGGAAUGGGCUACGUGUAGAUGCGUACGCACCAUCGCUGGCCCACUAUACUUUUGAUGUGCGGACGAAAAAUCGACACCGUAGCCAUCCCAUCACCAUCCCGCCGCGCCAUAAAACUUCCGACACCACUACCCUCUCUACACGCUGGCCCAUAUAAGUGGGUCAAUAUGAUGGCCCAUCGUGUAGAGGAGCCAUUAUGUUCUGAAUUUUAUAAUGAGACGGGGCUAUUUUAAGUAGAUUUUAUACCUCUCGUGUCAAAUGAUGGUCUCUAUGACCGUUUAUUUUUAUAUCGAGUACACGUUAAAUGCUUGUAGAGUUAGAACAAGGUAAGCCUGCAACGAUUUUGAUAGCACACAUGCAAGUGUUAUUUAUACGUCAUCAUUUCAGAGAAGUUUGACACUUCAAAUGACACUAGUAAGUAACUUAAUUUUCUUUAUUGUGCACCAUACAGUAAAAAAUACACAGAAAAUUAAAUACAGUUAAAACCUAGAUAGAAGCGAUCUCUUCCAGACCUUUGGGUAGCAGUAAACUAAGAACUUACAACAUUGAUCAGGUAGUGCCGAUAUAAAUAUAAUUCAAGAAACUGAAGACGCACUGCAUGUGAUAUCAAAAUCGUUGCAGACUUUUCAUGGUCGAACUCUAGACAUUUUUUGGCAGAUUAGCUCAUUAAUUUAUUUAGAAAUGUAACAUUUAAGUAAUAAAAAUAGGGAUAAACAUAUUUGUUAUUUUUUUAAUUAAACCCUAUCAAAAGAGGCUGCUGGCAGGCUGCCAUAUGAGAGCAUAAUUCGAUGCGUAGUGUAUUUAUCAAAAAAAGUUGACAUAAUAUGUUAGCUACAUAACGAUCUGUCAAACUAACGAGUCGAAAACGAUCCAGUUCCUAAAUUAGGGGUGAUUGUAAUUUACAUUAUCAAUAAACUAUGAGUAUGAGUAUGAGUACUUACAUUACAUACAUCAGCAUUAUUAUAUUGUAUAUGUACAAUAAAUAAAUAAAUAUUAUAAGACAUUCUUACACAUAUUGAGUCCCACGGAAAGCUUAAGAAGGCUUGUGUUGUGGGUACUCAGACACGAUAUAUGUAAUAUACAAAAACAUAAAUAAAUAGAAAACACCCAUGACUCAAGAACAAAUCUGUGCUCAUUACACAAAUAAAUGCCCUUACCGGGAUUCGAACCCAAGAUCAUCAGCUUCAUAAGCAGGGCCACUACCCACUAGGCCAGACCGGUCGUCAUGCUAUUGGAAAACGUUAAAAAUUGUAUGAGCGGAAUACAGGGUGAUAGCGUAACAACGCCAUCUGGCGUCGGAUUGUUCGUUUGUCUACAAUGUGUCGAAUAUCGAAAAUGAAACCAACCAACCGGCGCCCUCCCUGUCAGUCUCGCAAUCAACUUACAAAUUAAAUCAUCAACAUCAACUUGGCAGCUAUUGUCUCAUAGGAAUAUGUCAAGCAGAUUUUAAAUGUAGGUAAUAUUAAUUAGAAAUCGUUAAUAAAACAAGUUUGUAUUGUACAAUGCAAUAGAGUCUAUUAAAUGAAGUUAGUAACACUACAUUGAAAUUAAUAGUACAUUAUGAUAAAAGUGUGCUAAGUUGAUCAUUACACACGAGGCGAUAUUGUGCGCGCGAACUGUAAGUGAGCGCGCAAUAAGAAAGCCGAUGUGGGUAAUGACCAAUGCACACGCGUUUCAUACGACGUUUUUCACACACUUGCGAGGAAAAAACAAAACUUUUUUUGUCAAAACAGUAAAAUUAAAAUUUUAAAAAUUGUGGUUUACAGUUCUAACAUCGAAUAAUUGCACCAAAGCUGGGCUUGUAGGCACUUAUUCGCCAGUUCAAUGAAGUAAGCUACCAACACGUUUUCCAAGAAAGACUGGACGUUUUUGCUGAUUUUCCAAUGAAAAAGCACGAGUGUUAUAAUAUACUGAAAAAGCACGCGUGUUUAAUAUCUAGGAUUAUGAGCCAAAAAUCGGUGGAAUAAAAACGUUUUUUUGAGCAAGUGUGUUGAAAAAAUAAUUUGAUUAUAAUAAGACUAGCAACUGAUUAUAACUUCAUCCAUAUAUACAUUUCCAGCGUUUAUUUUAAUAAAAAAUAGUUUUCUAGAGUUCAUAUCGUGUAGAUACUGUGGAUUGAUAAUGCGUCGGGUCAUUUGCUAGUCUCUGAAAAGCUUUUAAGUCUAUUGCCUAAUUACAGUGUCAAACUCGGGAUUAUUAUAAUUAAUGCUAGUAUAAAUCUAUUUUUAAAUAAGUAUCUAUUGUAUGAGCUUGGGAUAUUCGUGUCAUUAUGGCAUAACUAUAAGUGCUAAGUAUAAGUGUAUUACAUAUUCAAUAUAAAAAAUGCGUUUUUUAAUUGUUCUGAUUGACAAAUUUUACAACUUUGGAAUCAAAAAAUCCAACCUCAAUUCAAUAACAAUAUAAACGUAUUUUUUCAAAGACAAAUCGGAAUAAAUCUAGUAAUAUUUUAGGUACGUUAUUUGAUUUGGAGGAGGCCUUCACCUGUGAAAGCGGGGUUCUUGAAUAAUUUACCAAAAACAGUAACAAUGUAAUAAUUGAAGAAAUAAAAGGCUUUUUAUUUUUAUUAUUUUGAUUCAAAUCUCAGAUUUCAUCCUAUAUUCCUUCUUUUAUCUAGUAUUUUGUUUAAUCUUAGAAUAGUAUUUUAUCUUAAGUAUUGCUUUUCUUGUAAAAAUUAGGAUGUCUUUAAUUAUGUUUUUAUUAUUCUCAGACAGUCACUACAUCUUUUAUCUCUUGUUAACGUUUUCCGUGUUCUUGUUAAUGGUCCUAUCAUUAAUAAUGAUUCCGAUGACACUAUCUUUAUUGCAUAUUAAGAGUUAAAAAAAUAAACAAAGCAGAACAAAAGAAAACCAACACAAUUUAAAGGUCAAAUAUGCAAGCACACGAAACAAAAAUAUGUAAUAAGAGUAUUGUGUGAUAUUACUGAUAUUAUAGAAUACAUAGUUGAAGGACAGAUGGAACGUUCGUGGAAUUUGUAGUCCAAUGAGUAAAUACGCGAUCCAACUAGUUGGAUCAAACAAACUCUGUGUGGUACAUGCAAUAAGAAAGCGUGGUAAUGUUAUUCUUAAGUUGCCAUAGGUUCAGAGAGCGGAGUUUUUGGAAAAACGUACCUCAGUUUUAGAUAGCAAUAUUUUUCUAUGGACUUCAGCGAUUCCAAUCCUGAUUUUUUGACUUUCGCGUGAUUAAAUAAAUCACGGCCAUAGGUCUAAAACGUACUUUAAAAAAAUGUAUUAAUUACGCUUUAUUUUCUAUGUGUAAACUCUUAGGGCCACUUGCAAUAUCCAGGGUUAGCCUCUAACUGGGGGUUAACUAGUUAAACCUGGAGUUGCAAGUACAAAUUAACACCGUGUUAACGAUUAACUCCGCCCUAACCCUGGAUGGUGCAAGUGGCAAUUACUUACCUAAGAGUAAAAGACAUCAACGAAACCCAGACGAGCUUUCUACCCAUUAUUUAAAAUCUAUAAUUAUAAUAAAUAUGCUACAGUAGACUGUGCAAUAUUUAUAUAUUUUUUGUUAUUUCUAAAGGAAACUCUUCAUUUAUUGGAGUAUAAAUGAUUUGUGUACGCUAUAAAGUUAUAAUGAUACAAUUAUGAUAAUGAGGAACGAACAAAUUGAUUCAUCGUGAUAUUUACCGUGCCUUGUAUGCAUUGAUUUUAAUAUCGUGUGUAAUGGUUUAUCUGUAGAUAAAGGUUGUCGUAUAUAUUCCAUGCUGACAACUCUCGUUUUUAUCAUAUUAUCUGAACCAGUAUUGGAAAUCGUAUGUUAUUAUGCCUUAGUGAUGGACACUUAGCUCUUAAUAAAAAAAUUAUAAGAUUAUAA